AUGACUUUGUGCAUGAACCGGCUCUCGGAAGAGAGAAAACAAUGGCGACGCGACCACCCCUUUGGCUUCUUCGCAAAACCCAUGCGCGGCUCUAAUGGCAUGAUGGACCUCAAGAAGUGGGAUUGCGGUGUCCCCGGCAAGGAGAAGACACAGUGGGAAGGCGGCCUGUUUAAGCUGGAACUCACGUUCCCAGACGAGUACCCUACCAAGCCACCGAAAUGCAAAUUCGUGCCCCCACUCUUCCACCCCAACGUCUACCCCUCCGGCACAGUCUGCCUCUCCAUCCUCAACGAAGAAGAAGGCUGGAAACCGGCAAUCACCAUCAAGGAAAUCCUCCUCGGUAUCCAAUCCCUCCUCGACGAACCAAACCCCGAAUCCCCAGCCCAGGCCGACGCCUUCAAUCUCUUCAAAAAAGACCGCGUCGCGUACGAGAAGAAGGUGCGCAGCAUUGUCAAGGAGAAUCCCGCGCCGUAG